AGAGAGGACGGCAAAAAAAACACAGAAACAAGCGAGCAGAAGAGCUCGGGGAAUCGGAGGAGACAGCAUGCAGAUUAGAGCUGAGUUUAAGAGACAAACCAGGCUGUGGAGGCGACAGAGGCAGACAAACUGAGACAUAUAUAGAUUCUUAGCUCACAGACAGAAAAGAGGCUGAGAAGCUCACCUGCAGUCUGUUAGGUUAAAAAAAAUUGAGAGCCAAUAAUCCAGAGUACUGGCCAUGUCUGAGGGCCUCGGGCUUGGAGUUCAGUUUGACCACCACAUUUUGUGCUCCUUUUUUCUCUGAGCCAUCACAACAUUGCCCAAGUCCUAUACAGCCUGCAGUAGUAACACUCUCAAAAGACAGUUAAAUUACCACACAGGCUAGUUAUCAGCUGUGACACUAGUGACUGUGUGACAGUCGCCUGUUGCAGAGUAAAACAGACGGUGGCCUUUUAUCCAUGCACAUGGACUGUUGAUGAAGCAGGAUGGCAGUGCGACUGGCAGGCGCCACCCCUUCCUCUCGGCCACCCUCCCUCCCCCCAGUGGCUGUGACUCGGAAUGGUUAAGGUUUGUCUUCUGGCAUCCAUCGCAGCAUUGGCAGCAGCUGGCAAAGCGUGGGAAGGAGCAGUAUGCAGGAAACUGACUUACCAGCCACAAAUGCCUUUAAAGAGUGCAAGUUCCACUGCACCAAUGGGAAUUGCUUGCGUCUGGGCUCGCUGAUUUGCAACCAGCUGAAUAACUGUGGGGACAACAGCGAUGAGGAGAACUGCCCAGUGGUCACCCAGCACCCUCCACCAGGCAUCUUCAACUCUGAACUGGAGUUUGUUCAGAUCGUCAUCAUCAUCGUGGUGAUGACAGUGAUGGUGGUGGUUAUCAUCUGCCUGCUCAACCACUACAAGCUUUCCACCUGGUCCUUCAUAACAAGGCAGAGCCAGGCCCACAGGCACGACCAUACCCUGCAGCAGGAUGGGUGUCUUUGGCCUUCAGACAGCAGCUCUCGGCAAGGUGCCUCAGAGGAUCCGCUCUCUAUUGGACUCUGUGGUUACAGUGGGUGGAGCCCGAUGAAUGAACGUCCUCUAACAACAAAACAUCGGCCCAACCACACUGAUCCUGACCGACAAAAGGUAUUAUACACUCCCCAGGCCAGGGAUCGCUUCACUGCUCCCUCCUUCAUGCAGCGUGACCGCUUCAGUCGAUUCCAGCCCACGUACCCCUACUUGCAGCACCAGAUUGACCUGCCGCCCACCAUCUCGCUGUCAGAUGGCGAGGAGCCCCCACCGUAUCAGGGGCCCUGCACCUUGCAGCUCCGCGACCCCGAGCAGCAGAUGGAGCUCAACCGUGAGUCAGUGAGGGCGCCACCCAACCGGACGAUCUACGACAGUGACUUGAUCGACAUUGGGGGAGGCGGGAGCCUCGGAGGGGUGGGGGGAGGAGGGGCAGGAAUGGGAGGAGGUGGUCCAAAGCCCCCAAGCAGUAACUCGGGCAUCAGUGUGGCCAACUCCAGCAGCCACAGGCGCAUGGAGGGCCCCCCGCCAGCAUACAGCGAGGUGAUGGGCCACUAUCCGGGCUCAGCAUUUUUUCAACACCAGCACAGCAAUAACCAGAGGGUGGGGGGGCUGGGGAGCAGGACAAUCCAGCAGCAGAGUCAGUCAGAAAGCACAAUAGUACCUGCCAAAGCCAAGGAUGGCCAACCUGAGGACCUGGUGUGACGAAAUGGUUCGGGGGGCAGGUGGGGCGACCCACCCCAGACUGAAAGCUGUCUCUGUACUUCACCCCUGAUCACUUGUAAGCAGUGGUCUCUCUAUUGCGCUUUCUCUCUAUGUCCCUCUCAUGUCCUUUUUCCACACUCCAUGCACAAAUAUCAACUUUAGCUACAAAAGCAAGUAAAAGAGGAACCAAGAAUUGAUUUCAUAACAGUUUCUUUAAAAUAUCUGUCAUUGAAACAGCAAGCACUGCUGGGGUAGGAUGUAUGCACUAUGUGGAGAGUUUUUUUCCUCUACACAAGAAAGAAACAUACUGCGAGCACAGAUUGAAAUAACUUGCUUUUUUGUUGUUUUGGGUGACAGCUCUGUCCCCGUGAACUGAGGAUGAUUUUUUUUCUUUUUAUGUGUUUUUCGGACCGGGAUCUGUGCACAAAGCGAGAACCAAGAAUCAAGGACUUGCAGAGAACACAAAAAAACAGAGACUCACAAACCCAAAUCUUAGUGCCAAGGUUCACAAGGAAGCAAAGCAAGGGGGGUGACUCUUUCACAUUCAUUCACAACACAAAAAUGAAAAGUUAUCUAAAAGUUGCACUAUCUUUUUGUUGUAAAAGAGAAGAGGGAAUUUAUGCUAUGUGAUGAUGAUGUUUUACUUUUUUUUGUCCUUUUCAUGAAUGAACUUUGCCUCAAAAGUUGUUUAAACAGUCAAACAAACAAGUAUUAUAAGCUUAUGUCCUUCCUUUUUUGGAAAAACAAAAACAAAAAAGAAACAUUCAUACCCAGCCUACAACAUCUCUGUCCACUGACACCACAGGCACAGUGACACUUAGUAAGAGAAUAACCUGUGAGAAAGAAAACUGACUCGUGACCAGCCGCUGGGUGGACAAAACAUUUCUUACUUCCUCUAGUAGUUUGUUUCAAGAUUUGGAGAUGGGUUUCCCAAACCAGAGUAGUUUCCAAACACUAAGAAAGAUGAGAGGUGCUUGGCAAGAUCCAACUUGCUCCACACUAACAAAUCUGGUCAGAUACUUGGAUAUCAAUUUAACCUGUUAAGAAUAACACAAACAAAACAUAUCUAACUGUCCAUCCAGCAGCCUGGUCCCAGCAGAUUCUUCACUUUUCAACUCUGUCCUGACCUCUGAGCACCUGACACUUCCUCUUUUCUGCGUCCAUACCCCAGUCCCACCUUCUCCUCUCCUCUCACUGCUCAUUUUGACAUGCAUAGUUCAUUCUGCCAACAGCCACACUGAACACGAACCCUGCCACCAUGACAACAAACACACCAAACAAAAACAAAAAAAGAAGGCUUUUGCUCUAUGUCUUCACUUUCUAAAGCCACAAAAAAAACAGGAUGACACAAAGUGAAGAGUCCUGUCUGCAACCGACAGCACAGCGAUCAGGUUUUAAAAGAAAACUGUCUGUGGUCGAAGUCAAAGGGCUAUGUGAGGGUCCUUUUUGUAAAAAGAAAACCUUUUUGAAAAUUGAGCCUUUUUCUCUGCUCAUUGUUGCCUUCUCCUCUGCUCUUGCGCUUUCUCUGUUUCUCUGUCUUGUUUGCAUUCAACACCCAUGCCCCCCUCUGUCUGAUCCAUCCCAGCUUGUUAACAGUGUCUCUGGUAAACACUGCAUCAUCCCUCCUUUCA